AACAUCUCACUGACAGUCACUGAAGUGGAUGUUUUACUGUCACCACCAGAGCCAAAGACCAGAGCUGAAUUCUUAAAAUAUUCAUGUGAAAUCACACUGGAUCCAAACACAGCACACAGACAUCUGUUAUUAUCUGAGGGGAACAGAAAAGUAACACUUAUGAAACAACUACAGUCUUAUUCUGAUCAUCCAGACAGAUUCACUGGAUGUCAUCAGGUCCUGAGUAGAGAGAGUCUGACUGGACGUUGUUACUGGGAGGUGGAGUGGAGAGGGAGAGGAGUUGAUGUAGCAGUCGCAUACAAGAAUAUUAGAAGAGCAGGGAGCUUAGAUGGAUUUGGUUUUGGAUUCAAUGACAAAUCUUGGUCAUUACGUUGUUACACAUACAGUUAUAUCUUUUGGUACAACAAGAAGCGAACUGACCUCUCAGGUCCUCGGUCCUCCAGAGUAGGAGUGUACCUGGAUCACAGAGCAGGUAUUCUGUCUUUCUACAGCGUCUCUGAAACCAUGACUCUCCUCCACAGAGUCCAGACCACAUUCACUCAGCCGCUCUAUGCUGGACUUCGGCUUUUUGAGAGUUUUUUUGGUGAAUCUAAUAGAGACACUGCAGAGUUAAUUGAGCUAAACUAGACAGACGUCUUUGCGGGUUGGUUAAAAUUUAUGUAAUAGUUUCCAGUUUCUUUGGUCUCCAUCUUUGGUGCUGACAGCUCAUUGUUGUCCUGUUUCUUCUCAGCACAGACAUCGCCUGUCAGUCACAUUUAUCAGUGAUACUCUGACAUCUCAUCAUUUGUUGUCUAGUUAAUGAUCGACUAUGUUAGGAUCGCGCUCCUUGUCGUGCUUGUUUUGCCAUGGAGGCUCUGACUACUCUCCACAUGAAAAUUUAAACUUCUGUAUGCUCGGAUUAUUUCAGGAACAUUUGUGUUGGUGUGACUGAUGUUUCUCCUCCACCAUAUCGGCCUCAAUAGAGAAACCAGUAAGCCUUCAUUUUCAAACAGAUUUUGUAAAGCGACACAUCUAUAAUUACAUUUACAUUUAUUUGUUUACGCUUUCAAAUUGAUGUAAACUGGUAAUUGUCAUCAUCAUGAAUCAGGACUGUCCACAGCUUAUAUUCUGAGACAAGCGCUGAAUAUGUUCAAAAAUUCACUGAAAAAUAACUUUAUAGACUUUUAAUGAUUUCAUGUUCAACAAUCUGAAGAUACAUGAAUACAAUUUCAGAAGUUCUUUACAUACUGUGUGUUUAACAUAUAAGAAAACAAAAGCAUUUUGGAGCAAAUAAGUUAUGUGACAAACAGCCAAGUUUGACAAGUGAAAUUCUAGUGUGUUAUUAGCCUCUUAUUUAAACACUAAUUAGUACAUAUUUGUCUAACAAGAGGUUUAGGAAAGAUUCAGACUUUUCUUUUUACAAUAUUCAACAGGAGAAAAAACUUGUACAAAAAUAAAGUCCAACCCCCCAAAACAACAAAAUAAUACAAUAAAAAUACAAAUGCAUUUGGUGUGAUCGUUUUAUUUUCAUUGGAUUAAACAGUAACAAAGAUUAAAAUUCAUCAUCUGAUCGAUUUUGUUGAAUGAUGUGGCUCCAAACUUCCUGUAGUCAGACUGCUAACAAAAACAGCUUGACACUUUAAUCAAAUAUUUGCAAAAGUGAAAGGCUUUUCAUACUGUAUAUUGAUUGAAAGCAGCAUGAUUGUAACUAACAAAAAAGCAUGUUUAUGGCAGUAGUUUCUUAUUUUGCAACAAAUAUGUUAAUACUUGGAACAAGAUACAGCACCUUUUCUUGUUUUUGUACUCCUGAGCUUCCUUUAGUCCUCACUGUGCUGUCCAUUCAAUUCAAUUCAGUUUCAUUUAUAUUGUGCCAAAUAGGAAAAGACAAAAAACAAAAAAAAACCCAGUCUCCUCAAGGUGCUUUUUAUAUUGUAAAGUAACAAAACU